AUGCCUUCAUUCAACCCAUUAUCUAUUAUAAUGAAAGACCAUAAGUUGGAUGGAACAAACUAUGUCAACUGGAAAAGAAAUUUGGAUAUUGUGCUCACCUCUGAAGAGUAUAAAUUUGUGUUGACUGAAGUAUGCCUUGAAUUGCCUGAGGAGGGUGCCACAGAUGAGCAAAGCAGUGCUCACAAGAAGUGGAAGAAGGCUGAUGAAAUGGCUAGAUGCUACAUGUUAGCAUCAAUGUCAGACGUGUUGCAAACACAACACCAGAAUAUGACAAGUGCAUAUGACAUCAUCUAUAGCCUAAAGGAGAUGUUUGGUGAUCAAGGCAGAGUCGCAAGACAAACUGCCAUGAAAACACUCCUAAACACCCAAAUGAAGGAAGAACCCAAUGUAAGUGGGCACACUCUUAAGAUGAUGAGUCUUUUGAAUGAGCUCGAAGUACUUGGUGCUGAUAUUGAUGGUGAAAGCCAGAUCGAUAUAGUACUUCAAUCUCUUCAUGAUAGUUAUGAGAAUUUUCGGCUAAACUAUAACAUGAACAAAAGGCUUUAUACCUUGCCGGAACUUCUCAAUGAGCUUAAAGGAGCAAAAAAACUUCAACCUAAGCAAGCUAAGGUCAAUCUGAAUGAGAAAGGAUCUUCUACUAUACCGAAAGGUAAGAAGAAGAGGUUCCAAGAAACCAGGCGACCAAAUAAGGAAGAGAGUUACGUGCUUUUGGGAGAUGCGACAAAACUAAGAUUAGAAACAGGCUAUGCCCUGGAAACAGCUGCCUAA